AUGCUUCGGUCAUGGUCCAAGGGCGCGUAUAGCGCUCUCUCCCGGACGAGUCGUCCGGUUUCACUGCGCCCCCGAGUGAUCACAUCCGAUGCUACUCGCCGCUCGGUACAGAUACAGAGCGCUGCCUCCGCCGCCGCAGACCGCGUGCCGCUUCGCAAGCAACUCAAGCAAGAGGCCAAAGCUAUUCGAGAGCAAAAGAGACUACGCAAAGAGUCGGAGGAGGCUUCCAGACAGGCAUGGGAGUUGACUGUGGGCAUUGAGAUCCAUGCUCAGCUCGACACCGAAGCCAAAUUGUUUUCUCGCGCACCCACCUCGACGAGUCAUGCCCCAAAUUCCAAUGUUGCUCUAUUUGACCUCGCCUUUCCGGGUAGCCAGCCGGAAUUUCAAGUCGCCACGCUGCUUCCGGCCCUUCGUGCUGCGCUCGCCUUGAAUUGUCAAGUUCAGACCGUGAGUCGCUUCGAUCGCAAGCACUACUUCUACCAGGACCAACCGGCCGGGUACCAAAUCACACAGUACUAUGAACCGUUUGCUCGACAUGGCUUCGUCGAUCUAUACGACUACGAUGGCAUUGCUCCAGAAGAUGGCGAUCACAUUCGCGUGGAUAUCAAGCAGGUGCAGCUCGAACAGGACACUGCCAAAUCCCAAGAGUAUCCGCCCGCGUCCCAGCUGCUUGACUUCAACCGCGUGUCGCACCCACUGAUUGAGAUCAUCACCAUGCCACAAAUCCAUACUCCUGCCACAGCGGCUGCCUGUGUCCGCAAGCUGCAGGCUAUUCUCCUCUCAUGCGGUGCCGUGACAACGGGGAUGGAAUUGGGUGGACUGCGCGCCGAUGUCAAUGUGUCCAUUCGCCGUCGUGGCGAGGCUCCAGGACAGUGUCGGUACGAUGGAGUCAGCGGGUUGGGCCAGCGAACGGAAAUCAAAAACCUGAGCAGUUUCAAGGCCGUGGAAGACGCCAUUAUUGCUGAGAAGAAUCGCCAGAUUGCAGUUCUCGAGAGCGGCGGUGUAAUUGAAGGGGAGACUCGAGGAUGGACGAUUGGCAGCACAGAGACUCGCCGACUACGUGGAAAAGAGGGGGCAGUCGACUACCGCUACAUGCCCGAUCCCGAUAUUCCUCCGUUGAUUCUGGGCGAAGAUCUCCUAUCGUCCUUAAAGGCAUCCUUGCCAACUGCCCCAGAUUCACUAGUCGCACAAUUGACGGGCCCCGGGUUUGGAUUGUCGAUUGACGAUGCAAAGCCGCUGAUCGAACUCGACGAUGGAGCUCGCCUGGAGUACUACCUGGAUGUGGUGGAGAUUCUGCGCUCUCAGAAACCCGACCGUGACCCUGAGGCCCACGUGGCUCUUGCGCGGAUGGCGGCCAACUGGGUCCUCCACGAGCUCGGAGGUCUUUUGACCAAGACGGACCACUCAUGGAGUGCCCAGGUCGUCCCGGCACAAGCGUUGGCGGAUCUGGUGCAGUCCUUGAAUGAGAAGCGCAUUACUGGCUCGGUCGCAAAGCAGGUCCUUGCUGCGAUCUUCGAGGGCGAUUCGCGACCCGUGUCCCGACUGCUGGAAGAAGAGAACCUCCUGCUGCGGCCCAUGUCGCGCGAGGAGUAUGUGGCCCUCGCCGAGGAGGUUCUCGCGCAACGACCGGAGAUGGUCGAGCAAAUCCGUCGCAAGAAUCAGGUGGGGAAAAUCGGUUGGUUCCUAGGGCAGAUGAUGCGUCUUGGUGAGAAGGGUCGAGUCGAGGCGUCCAAGGCCCAGGAGGUGUUGCACGAGCUCAUUUUGGGAAAACAAUAA